AUGAUGGGAAACCAAACAUCAGUGACAGAGUUCAUUCUUCUUGGACUGACGACUGAUGCUCAACUUCAAGCUGUGAUUUUUCUUUUUCUGCUGCUAACUUAUGUCUUAAGUGUCACAGGAAACUUGACCAUCAUCAUCCUGACCCUGCUGGACUACCGCCUCCAGACGCCUAUGUAUUUCUUCCUUCGGAAUUUUUCUGUUUUGGAAAUAUCUUUUACCUCUGUCUUUGUUCCCAAGAUGUUAGUCAAUAUUGGAACUGGAGACAAGUCAAUCUCUUUUGCUGGAUGUUUCACCCAAUAUUUUUUUGCCAUCCUUCUGGGAGCAACUGAAUUUUACCUUUUAGCAGCCAUGUCCUAUGAUCGCUAUGUUGCCAUUUGCAAACCCCUACAUUACGCAACUGUAAUGAGCAGGAGACUCUGCAUUCAGCUUGUUCUCUGUUCCUGGGUCUCUGGGUUCUUGAUUGUAAUUGUGCCACAUAUAAUGACUCUUCAGCUACCUUUCUGUGCAUCCAACGUCAUCAAUCACUACUGCUGUGACUAUACUGUACUGUUGCAUUUAGCCUGUUCAGACACACACUUCAUAGAAAUGAUUGAGUUUGUCCUUGCCGCAAUUACCCUCAUCUUCACCUUGGUGCUAGUGAUUCUUUCCUACACAUACAUUGUCAGGACAAUUCUGAAAAUCCCUUCUGUUCAACAAAGGAAAAAAGCCUUUUCUACAUGCUCCUCUCACAUGGUUGUGGUCUCACUUUCAUAUGGGAGCUGUAUCUUUAUGUAUGUUAACCCUUCUGCUAAGGAUGCAGCAACUUUUAAUAAGAGUGUGGCUGUUUUAAAUACUUCUGUUGCUCCUCUGCUGAACCCUUUCAUAUAUACUCUAAGGAACAAGCAAGUGAAAACGGCCUUCAAAGAUAUGAUUAGUAAGAUACUUUUUUUUCCAAGAAAGUGA